UACGGCACGAUGGUCGCACAAGAAUGUGAUACAGGCUCGACGGCCGCCAUUUUCUUUCUUUCUUAGCAGUUGGCUAAGGGAAGGUGUCUGCGAAGAAGCGGCAGCGGCCACUGUAGCGUAGGCAUGGCAGACUACUCAACAGUGCCUCCACCUUCUUCUGGCUCAGCUGGUGGUGGAGGCGGCGGCGGCGGUGGUGGGGGAGUUAACGAUGCUUUCAAAGAUGCGCUGCAGAGAGCACGGCAGAUUGCAGCAAAAAUUGGAGGUGAUGCUGGUACAUCACUGAAUUCAAAUGACUAUGGUUAUGGGGGACAAAAAAGACCUUUGGAAGAUGGAGAUGGCUCUUGGACAAGUCCGAGCAGUACAACACACUGGGAGGGAAUGCCCUCUCCUUUUAAAGAUCAACCAGACGCUAAGAAAGUUGCUCCUCAAAAUGACUCUUUUGGAACACAGUUACCACCGAUGCAUCAGCAGCAAAGCAGGUCUGUAAUGACAGAAGAAUACAAAGUUCCAGAUGGAAUGGUUGGAUUUAUAAUUGGCAGAGGUGGUGAACAGAUUUCACGCAUACAACAAGAAUCUGGAUGCAAAAUACAGAUAGCUCCUGACAGUGGUGGCCUUCCAGAAAGGUCUUGUAUGCUAACUGGAACACCUGAAUCUGUCCAAUCAGCAAAACGAUUAUUGGACCAGAUUGUUGAAAAAGGAAGACCAGCCCCUGGCUUCCACCAUGGUGAUGGACCAGGAAAUGCAGUUCAAGAAAUCAUGAUUCCAGCUAGCAAGGCAGGAUUAGUUAUUGGAAAGGGGGGAGAAACUAUUAAACAACUUCAGGAGCGGGCUGGAGUUAAAAUGGUUAUGAUUCAAGAUGGACCUCAGAACACUGGUGCUGACAAACCUCUUAGGAUUACAGGAGACCCAUACAAAGUACAGCAAGCCAAGGAAAUGGUGUUAGAGUUAAUCCGUGAUCAAGGUGGUUUCAGAGAAGUUCGAAAUGAGUAUGGGUCAAGAAUAGGAGGAAAUGAAGGGAUAGAUGUCCCCAUUCCAAGAUUUGCUGUUGGUAUUGUAAUAGGAAGAAAUGGAGAGAUGAUUAAAAAAAUACAAAAUGAUGCUGGUGUUCGAAUUCAGUUUAAGCCAGAUGAUGGAACAACACCUGAUAGAAUAGCACAAAUAACAGGACCUCCAGACCGAUGUCAGCAUGCUGCAGAAAUUAUUACAGACCUUCUUCGAAGUGUUCAGGCUGGUAAUCCUGGUGGACCUGGACCUGGUGGUCGAGGAAGAGGUAGAGGUCAAGGCAACUGGAACAUGGGACCACCCGGUGGACUACAGGAAUUUAAUUUCAUUGUACCAACUGGGAAAACUGGAUUAAUAAUAGGAAAAGGAGGUGAAACCAUAAAAAGCAUAAGCCAACAGUCUGGUGCAAGAAUAGAACUUCAGAGAAAUCCUCCACCUAAUGCAGAUCCUAAUAUGAAAUUAUUUACAAUUCGUGGCACUCCACAGCAAAUAGACUAUGCGCGGCAACUUAUAGAAGAAAAGAUUGGUGGUCCAGUAAAUCCUUUAGGGCCACCUGUACCCCAUGGGCCCCAUGGUGUCCCAGGCCCCCAUGGACCUCCUGGGCCUCCAGGGCCUGGAACUCCAAUGGGACCAUACAACCCUGCACCUUAUAAUCCAGGACCACCCGGUCCUGCUCCACAUGGUCCUCCAGCUCCUUAUGCUCCCCAGGGGUGGGGAAAUGCAUAUCCACAUUGGCAGCAACAGGCACCUCCUGAUCCAGCUAAGGCAGGAACGGAUCCAAAUUCAGCAGCUUGGGCUGCCUAUUAUGCUCACUAUUAUCAACAGCAAGCACAGCCACCACCUGCAGCUCCUGCUGGUGCACCAACUACAACCCAAACCAAUGGACAAGGUAACUAUGGAGAUCAGCAGAAUCCAGCUCCAGCUGGACAGGUUGAUUAUACCAAGGCUUGGGAAGAGUAUUACAAGAAAAUGGGUCAACAAGGGCAGACACAAGAUUAUUCAAAAGCUUGGGAGGAAUAUUACAAGAAGCAAGGUCAAGCUGUUCCUGCUCCUACUGGUGCUCCACCAGGUGGUCAGCCAGAUUAUAGUGCAGCCUGGGCUGAGUACUAUAGACAACAAGCAGCCUACUAUGCCCAGACAAGUCCCCAGGGAAUGCCACAGCAUCCUCCAGCACCUCAGGGCCAAUAAUAAGAAGUGGACAAUACAGUAUUUGCUUCAUUGUGUGGGGGAAAAAAACCUUUGUUAAAUAUAUGGAUGCAGACGACUUGAUGAAGAUCUUAAUUUGUUUUUGGUUUAAAAUAGUGUUUUUUUUUUUUUGAAAAUGUACAAAAUAUCUAUCACUACUGAUAGGAGGUUAAUAUUUCUGUGUAGAAAUGAAAAUUGGUUUGUUUUUAGUAUUUAGUGUAGAUGUACACAUUCCAGCAAAUGUAUUUGCAACUAUUAUGUGGUCAAUGCUUUGUGAUAUAAAUGUACUUUUUCAAUGUAUACUUUCACUUUUAAAAUGCCUGUUUUGUGCUUUACAAUAAAUGAUAUGAAACCUCCUGUGUCGGUAAGUUGGAUAUGUGGGUAUUUAAAGGAUUCAUAAUUUCUUAGCAAUGAUAAAUUAAGAUACAUAUACACAAAUAUAUAAGCUUUCCCCAUGAAAUAUUAAUUGAGUUUUUAAACACUGGCAUGUUUUUUCCCCCUUGCAGUAUAGUAGUAGAUUGGAGGAUCUUUUCCAUUUAUUGUAUUUGGCUGUUUCAGCACAAGUAAUCCUGAUAUCUUCAUUUUUUUUUCCUUCUGUUUGAUUAAAACCUGCAUGUGUGUACAAUGAUCUUUUGGCAUACUUCCAUUGAAUUAACAGUGAAAUUUCCUUUUAUACAUGACCACUGUUUCAGAUCUGUACUGCUGCUAUAACAGUUAACCUUUCUGUUCUUAAUUUAAUAAUUACUUGAUUUCCAAGACUGUUUCAGCAUAACUAAUUUUAAACAGUUUUCGGAUAGUGAGUAUGAGUAGUCGAAUAAGAAGUUUUUUCAUGUAAAGAAACUUUCAAUGUAUACAAUAUUAGUGUGUUUCUUUUUAAAUUUAGGAUAGAAAAGUGAAUAGUAUGCAAAAAGUAUAGCUACAGUGCAUCUGCCAUUGCAACAUUAUUGGGGUAUGGAAAUGUUCAAGCUUUUUCCUUUUUUUUUUUUUUUUUUUUCUUUUUGCAGUAUAGAUAAGCUUUGUUUUGUAAAUGCACAAGUCCAAUCAUUGAAUCAACUUAAUUUUUUAUGUACUUGAAAUCACUUUAUUACUCUAUAACACUCAUGCUGAAGUUCUGAUAUUUUGUUGAAAUCCAUUGUUUACUCUUUGCAUAUUUGUUGGCUCUUUGCAUAUUAAUAUAUUAGACUACAUGCAAAUACAGUCUGUCUUGCCAUUGUCUGUUGAAGUGCAGGUUUGAUCCAGCCAGUAUAGAACUAGCUCUGUAGGGGUGAGGAGGACUGUGCUGUGUAUCAUCCUUGAUUGUGUUCCUUCAAGGAGCAUUGCACUGUAAGUACAUCAGAAUGACAAAUUGAUGAACUGCAACAGUAUCUUUUUGUCAAUGUUCCACAUAAUGUAAAUGCCAUACUUUGUGUGAAUAUUAUGUUGGAAUACAGUGCUGAUAUCUUGGAAAACCAUAACUGCUUCUUAAUUUAACAUAGAAUAAUACAUAGGUCUGUAUUUUUUUUUUAAGUGAGCUUAAUGGGUAAGUAUUUUUGAUAUGCUUUAGCUAUAGCUAAAGAAAACUGAUCAUUAAAAUUGAAUAGUAUUACUCAUUGGUGCUCCUAAAAAUAUUGUUUUUCAGUGUACAGUAUGCAUAUCUUCUAUAUUAAUAUGAAAGACUUGAAAUGUAUCAGACAGAAGUGGUUUUCAGUUUGCAAAUAUUAAGCAAUGUAGCAGUUUAACACCAUUUCAUAAGUAUAUAUUAAUUCUUUCAUUGGUGGGGAGCACCAGUUCUGACUAUUAAGGGAGAUGUACAAGGACAUAAAUGUUGAGAUUACUUACAGGGUAGAAGAUAGCAGUUCAGUUCAUUAUAGAUAUUUUGAAAUGUUUUUGAUUGUUUCAUAGAACCUGGAGUGACUUCCCUUGCCCUUAUUUAGAUAUGUAGUUCUAGUUUCAAGUUUAAUAGUAAAGGAGUUAGUUAUGUGUUAUCUUUAAGAGUAGGGUUAUUGACAUGAACAAUUUCAGUAUUUUGCAUGAUACUGUUUUAUAGAUGACCUUUUAGGAAAGUGGUGCAUUUAUUAAUUAAGCUGAAGAAAUAGUUCAGUUGGAUUCAGUUUCAUAACUCACAAAUUGGAGGCUGUUGAUUUUGAUUCAUUUAAGGUUUAAAAUCUUUAUUAAUUGCAAACAGUGCAAUUAUUUAUACUUCACAGUGCCUUCCCAGACCUUCCACCUUAGGUUCUGCUGCAAAAAGCAACAGGUAAGCACAACCUAAGGACAUAUAUAAAUAAAUAUUUCAGUACAUUAAUGUUGUCCCUGUGAGGUUUUUGUGGUUGUGUAAUUCAAAAGCAAUCUGCUACUGCUUCCCCAAAAUGUAUUUUGUUAUUUAUGCUACCAUUUCAGUGGAAAGUCUGUAAGUUGUUCAAACAACUGUUUACAUUUCUGGGUAAUGGUUUUUGGGGUUUUUUUGUGGUUUUGUUUUUGUUUUUUUUUUUUUGUUUUGUUUUUAAUGAAAAAAAAAAUGAUGAGUAGAUUGCUGCUGUAAUUGAACUACAUCCAAACUUUUUGUAAUCUUUUCCCAACUAUAGAAGGAUUGUUAAAAUUAAGAAAGAGCAAUUACAUAGUUUUCUAGAUUUAGGAAAUCACUUGAUUAGAAACUUCAACAGCCUUCACAGUCUUUUUCUGAUUGACAGGACAUUUUCUUUGCCCUCCAAAGCUAUGGAGUCUUUCUUUUUGUCUUAUUCUUGAAGUAUAAUAAUUCAGUAAGGACAUUAUGGGUCAGAGUUUUAUUCUAUGACCUUUUUUUUUUUUUUUUAGGCAAUUCAGUUUUCAUAAUUUUUAUAUACACUGAAAAAAGGAAAAAUUUAUAAGGAAUACUGGCAGUAUGUUUUUGUUAAGGCAUGUGCAUCAGUGAAAUGUUAACUGUAUAGCAAAUAACCUUUCAUAAUCUGUGUAGCAACCAGUAUUUUUCUGAUUUAUAAUAUUUUAAUAACUGACGCUGCAUUUAUUUUAAUUUUUGCCAGUUUAAAAUGUUUGUGUUCUUAUAAAUGAUUUUAACUGGUACAUAUUUUGAGUUAAGAUGAAUGUAUUUAAAGCAGCAUCAUAUCAGUUUUGUUUAUUCAAUUUCUAAAAUGUGCUGAUCCUUUUAAAAACUCCUGCUUAUCUCUGCAACAAAGAAAAAUAUUCAAAAAUACUGCCUUCAUUUUCACACACAGUGCUGAAGAUGCUGCAAGCACCAAAUCAUAGCUCAUAAAAUCAGGUCCUGAGAUAGUUACCCAUAAAGAGGAAUCCUUUGAGUGUAUGCCAUUGGUGAGCCGAUGAGCAUGGACCAUAGAAGGGCUCAAUGUAGAAGGUAAAAUUGGCAAAUCAUAAUUGAAAAAUAUGAAAUGUAUUCCCAUACAUAAUAUGGUAUAGGGUGUAAUGUACCUGCUUUUGAUCACUUUUCAUUUUAAAGUGCUAUUCGCUUGAUCUUAAAUGUUCCAUGAACUGUUAAAUUUUGUAAGUUAUGUAGUUACUGCACCACAUUUAUGUGUGUGUAUGUAUUGUUUUAAUAGAUGAUAGGUAUGUUAAGAAUGGUAAUAUAAAGGAGCUCUUUGAAACUAAAGAGCCUGUCAAGUUUUGGUUAGUCGUAGUUUGCAUUUUUAUAAAAUAUAGAUGAAUGCUAAUAGAUUUUGGGGCAUUGUUUCUAUCUCGAGAGUUUUUUUAUUCAUUACCAUAAGCCUUCUCUGAUUCUGCAUUUCUUUAAAAUGGCGCUAAUCUUAACCAUGAAAUAAAUGGAAAGCAGAAAAGGUGAGCCAGUUGACUUGAAUGCAAUGGAUGUUAGGAGUGGUAGAAACAAUGUUUAGAUUGAAAUUGAACUGAUUUAUUUUAUUUAGCACUUAAAAACUUGACAAUGUGUUUCGUUUUUAAAAGAUAUUUUAGUGUGGUGAGACGUAGAAUUCUUAUGGUUUCAUGUUUCUUUUAGAAAUGAAAAGUAUACUUUUACUUUUAAUUAAUGAAAAUGGUUUUAAUACUAAAACUAGAGAUUUAAUACUAGUUGUUUAUAAACAUUAUAAAAUAUUUCCUUAGUCAAGCACCUUGGUAGUUAAUUCAUAAGGGUGGGUUUGGGUAGGAGUAGCAGAGUACCUUAAGAGGGAAAUAGGAAUAUAUGCAGAAGUGAUAACAUUUGUUUGAAUACUCUGCCAGGAGAACCAGCUCUACCUGCAGACAUCUGUUGUCUAGAAUAAGGAUAUAGAAAUGAUCAAUGAGGAUGUCUUUUUAUUUUCUGAAAAUUCUGCCUCAUUUUAAAAUGUAUUUUAACAAUACCUAAAGAUAAUUUUGACUCUGAAAAUAACCUUAUUUUUUGUUUAGUCACUUGAGUUUUCUUGCCACAGUAUAAAUUUCUGAGGGAUUUUUUAAAUUGGUGCUUUUAAGAAGCAAAUCCCAAGGUUUUAUUUUCUUCAAUGAUAGCCCUAUAGAAACUCUUAAAUGUAUUUGCGCAUAUAUAUAUAUAUUUUUUCUUAUGCAUGCUCGAUGCAUUUUCGUCCUGAGAAAAGUGUUCUCUACAGAAACUACCCGUGUGUAAAAAGAAGAUUGGCUUAAAAUGGCUACUGUGAUGGGAACAGUGUCUUAGGGAGAUGCAGCUUGGACUUGAGGUAAAUUGAAUACUUUACAAACUGUGGUUUAGAGUUUGCUUUAAUGACAUUGUAUGUAAAAGGGCACGUGAUUGCUGUAAUUUUGUAUUGAUUAUGGUUUCCUCAAUAAAAAAAAUAAAUGUACAUUGAUCAAUAUUA